CGUGGACCGGUUCUCGACUUGCUGUAUCAAUCAAAUACAGAAUUGCAGAAAUGCCUGUACAAGGAAUUAGAGCAGUUACCACUGCCAGGAACGGCGUGGGUGCCUUUAUUCUGCAAUGCAAGCGUUUGGACUUUCACUACUGCGACUGGGCUGGCAGUUCCCGCGGAAUGGUAGCUUUCUUGAAGAACACUCUUCCCUCCUUCGCCAAAGCCAACCCUCAGAUUGAAAUCCGCGUAUCGCCACGACCACACAAGCACCCCGUAAUCAAGGGCCACUAUAUCAACGGGCGUGAGAAGGCCGUCUGUGUUCGCAAUCUCGAGCCCGAACAGAUCUUUCAGAAGGCGAACCUGCUGAAGGAGGCCAGCGGCGAGAAAUUGAAGCGUACCAAGAAGCCCGUCACAAGUAUCAACGAGAGUGUCAGAGGCAUCUGGUCCCCGUAUCACGGAGACGUCAAGACUGUCUAAAGCGGUGUUUUUGGGUUUACUGCGACGGUGUUAUGUUCUGGAUUGCGACGCUUCCAGCUUGUCAUAUUCAUACAAUGUAUUAUGGGCCUAUUUGUUUUAUUCGGGGAAACCAAUGCUUUUAUGUUCGAAGAGUAUGUAGCAUAUGUAUGUACAAAAUGCAUUGAUCUUAAA